AUGUCCUGGUUCCAGAAAAACUUCACACUGCCCUCGCGCAGUCGCGGCUCCUACCUGAUCACUGACCAGGUUCUGUCGGAGCUGCCUGAGAUUCGUGACUACAAGGUUGGCAUGCUGAACCUGUUUGUGCAGCACACGAGCUGUGCGCUGUCACUGAACGAGAAUUGGGAUGAUGAUGUGCGGGCGGACAUGAGCGAUGCGCUGGAUCGCAUUGCACCUGCGGAUCGCAAGGGCGAUCUGUAUCGUCAUUCGGCCGAGGGGGAGGAUGAUAUGCCGGCCCAUAUCAAGUCCGCUCUUAUCGGUGCAUCAGUGAACAUUCCCAUCUCCAAUGGCCGCCUGGCGACCGGCACCUGGCAAGGUAUUUGGUAUCUCGAGUUCCGCACCAGCCGCCAUACACGCAAGGUUGUCGCAACUAUCCAGGGUGAGAAGGCAUGA